UUAGAUUCCUCUCUCUCUCUCUCUCUCUCUCUCUCUCUCUCUCUCCCACCCACUUUCUUGUGUUUUAUAAGACAAGGUAAAAUCCAACCUCAAGAUCCUCCUCCUCUUUUUUUUCAAAGUGUUGUUCUCUUCCCAUCCCACUUCUCUCUUCUUUAACAACAUAAUCGCCCAUGCCUUGUGUUUCAGAACUUCGGCACUAAAAACCCAGAGAGAGAUCAGUUUGAUAUCACAGGUACAAAAGUUUUCUUCUUUACUUUAAGAGAAAAAGGUUGAAUAUUUUGAUGUGGGUCAUUUGGGGGAGAGGCUCGAAUGGAUACCUUGUUUAGACUGGUAAGCCUUCAAUCCUCCGAUCAAUCCUUCAACUCAAGCAGGACCUCAAGUAGCUCCAGAUCCUCCCGACAAAACCAUCACUACAAUCACCAGCCAGAAGCAGACGAAGAAUGCCUCAACAUCUUCAUGGAUGAAGAAGACUUCUCCUCGUCUUCUUCCAAGCACUACAGCUAUCCUUAUCACCCCACCGCCACCACUACCACCCCUACCACCACUAGUAGUACUCAUACUCCCACUCCCACCCACACAUAUGACCCCGCUGAUGUAUCCGUCUCGCCCGCCCGCGACCUCAACUUCGACUUCUCUAGCAAGUGGGCCUCCGACAUCCUCCUCGAGGCCGCCCGAGCCAUCGCUGACAAGAACAGCACCCGUGUCCAGCAGCUCAUGUGGAUGCUCAAUGAGCUCUGCUCCCCGUACGGCGACGUCGAACAGAAGCUGGCCUCCUACUUCCUCCAGGCCCUGUUUAGUCGCAUGACCGACUCGGGCGAGCGGAGCUACAGUGCCUGGUUGGCCGCGUCGGACAAGACCUGCUCCUUCGAGUCCACCCGGAAGAUGGUGCUCAAGUUCCAGGAGGUGAGCCCCUGGACCACCUUCGGCCACGUCGCUUGCAACGGCGCAAUCAUGGAGGCCCUUGAGGGCGAGAGCAAGUUGCACAUAGUUGACAUCAGCAACACGUACUGCACCCAGUGGCCAACCCUGCUUGAGGCUCUGGCAACCCGGACAGAUGAGACGCCACACCUACGGCUCACCACCGUGGUGGCCAGCAAGGCGAACAGCGGGGCAGGGUCGGGCGGCGUCGCGGCGGUGCAGAAGGUCAUGAAAGAAAUUGGGAGCCGGAUGGAGAAAUUUGCGAGGCUCAUGGGUGUGCCCUUCAAGUUCAGCGUCCUGUACCACAGUGGCGACCUGUCAGAGUUGAAUUUGGACGAGUUGGAUAUCAAGGAGGACGAGGCGCUGGCCAUCAACUGCGUUGGCGCGCUGCACUCGACAACGACAAUCAGCAACCGCCGGGACUUUGUCGUGUCUUCUUUCCGGAGGUUGCAGCCGAGGAUAAUCACGGUUGUUGAGGAGGAAGCCGACCUCGACGUGGGCGAUGAUGGGGUCGAAUUCGUCAAGGGUUUCCAAGAGAGCCUCAGAUAUUUUAGGGUUUACUUUGAGUCGUUGGACGAGAGCUUCCCUAGGACGAGCAACGAGCGCUUGAUGCUAGAGCGAGGGGCUGGGCGAGCGGUCAUGGACCUGGUGGCAUGCCCGCCACACCACUCGGUGGAGAGGCGGGAGCCAGCAAGCCGGUGGUCAAGGCGCCUCCGAGGAGGCGGGUUCAACCCUAGUUCGUUCAGCGACGAGGUAUGCGACGACGUGCGUGCCCUGUUGAGGAGGUACAAGGAAGGGUGGUCGAUGAUGCCGUGCUCCGACGCCGGAAUAUUCUUGACGUGGAAGGACCAGCCGGUGGUUUGGGCUAGUGCAUGGAGGGCUUGAGGAUGAUGAAGCUCUCUCUCGAAAAAAAAAAAAAACAGCCAUGGGGGAGUGUUUCACACGUGUGAUGUGUUUUUUUUUGCUUUUGGCACGUGCAAGGCAUAUGGGAAGAUUUGUGGGUUUCUUGGUAGGGGGAAGGAGUUAGAGAGUAGGGGAAUAUUUGCUUGUUUUUGGACAUUGAUUUGUCUUGUCAUAUUUGUGAUAAUAUUUCAUUUUGUGGAAAGAUAAACUGGUUUUGAUCAUUCA